GACUGUCCUUCACAGCAGGAAGCAAAGGACACACUCGCUAGCGCUUCUCCUUUUCUUUCGUUGGCCAUUCGCUUAAAUAUCGAAAGUCACAAGAUCCGAAGUAUUUCCGACAAUGAUCCGAAGUGAAGUCGAAACUUUCUCGUAAACGACUUCCAGCCGAGUUCCCAGAAAACAAGACAAAUUUUGUUCAAAGGCCAAUAAAACGAAAAUUAUCUCAAAUAAUGGUACAAAACAACACUUCUAAUGGCCUUAAAGUCGCCUUGAUCGGAGACGGCGGAGUGGGAAAAUCUUCAAUAUUGUCUAUUCUACAAGGGGAAGUUUUUAGCGCUUGUUACGUGCAGACGAAAGACAGAAUCAUAAAGUCACAUGACAUAGUAUUGCAAAAUGGAAGAAGACAAAGCCUACAGAUAUGGGAUACUGCAGGUUCAGAUGACUUCAGGACAUACACUGCACAUUCAAUAAAAGAUGUUAAGGGUGUUAUAAUAGUAUUUGAUGUUUGUAAUGAAACAAGUUAUAUGAAUGUACAGAACUGGAUCAAAACUUUGAAUCAUCUGGCACAUCAGCAUAAUGUUCAAUGUAUUGAAGUCAGUGCAAAGACUGGAGAAAGAAUACAAGAGCUAUUUGACCUGCUGGCAAGUGCACUUGCAGAGAGAGCAACGAGACAAGAGGAAGCCCCUCGAGCAGGGGAAGACGAGGAGGUAUCAGAACCCGACGAUGGCGGGUUUUUAAGCAGCUGCGUACUCUUGUAAUUAUUUGCAUUGUAAUUAUUCAUUCUUACAGAUCUGAAAUAAUUUAAGCCAUUCAUGAAUCGUUCAAGUUUUUUGUUAUACAUUGGUGCCUCUGCUUUGGAGAUUUUCUAGGUGAAUAAUGUAUUGUAAAGUGGCUUGGAACGUUUAUUCGUAAUAGCAGCUCGUUGCUCGACGCGAUAAAUAGAACGACGAAUAAUAUAUGAAUAUAUGCACAA